AUGCAGGCCAGGCGCCUGGCCAAGCGCCCCAGCCUGGGCGGCCGCCGCGGGGGCGCCGCGCCCGCUCCCGCCCCCGAGGCCGCCGCUCUGGGGCUCCCGCCCCCCGGCCCCAGCCCGGCCGCCGCACCGGGAAGCUGGAGGCCGCCGCUGCCGCCGCUGCCGCCGCCGCCGCCGCGCGGGACCGGCUCCUCGCGCGCUGCCGCCGCCUCGUCGCCGGUCCUGCUGCUGCUGGGAGAGGAGGACGAGGACGAAGAGGGCGCGGGCCGGAGGCGCAGGACGCGCGGGCGGGUAGCGGAGAAGCCCCGAGGGGUCGCGGAGGAGGAGGACGACGACGAGGAAGAGGACGAAGAGGUGGUCGUCGAGGUGGUGGACGGCGACGAGGAUGACGAGGACGCCGAGGAGCGCUUCGUGCCCCUCGGGCCGGGCCGUGCGCUUCCCAAGGGCCCGGCCCGGGGCGCGGUAAAGGUGGGGAGUUUUAAGCGGGAGAUGACCUUCACGUUUCAAUCAGAGGACUUCAGACGUGACUGCAGUAAGAAGCUGUCUCAUCACCUGUUCCCACUGGCCAUGGAGGAAGACGUGAGAACAGCAGACACCAAAAAGGCCACUCGGAUCCUUGACCAAGAAAAAGAAACUCGCUCCAUUUGUCUUCUUGAGCAGAAGCGCAAAGUGGUUUCCUCCAGUAUCGAUGUCCCUCCUGCAAGAAAAUCUUCAGAGGAACUGGACAUGGACAAGGUGACUGCAGCCAUGGUAUUGACCAGCUUGUCAACCAGCCCUUUGGUCCGAAGUCCUCCUGUGCGGCCUAAUGAGGGUCUCAGCGGGUCCUGGAAGGAAGGAGCACCAUCCAGCAGCAGCAGCAGUGGCUACUGGAGCUGGAGCGCUCCUAGUGACCAGUCCAACCCAUCUACACCCUCUCCGCCACUGUCCGCUGACAGCUUCAAGCCCUUCCGUAGCCCCGCACUGCCCGACGACGGCAUCGAUGAGGCAGAGGCCAGCAACCUGCUCUUCGAUGAGCCCAUUCCCAGGAAGAGAAAGAACUCCAUGAAGGUGAUGUUCAAAUGCCUUUGGAAAAACUGUGGCAAGGUGCUGAACACGGCAGCCGGCAUCCAGAAGCACAUCCGGGCCAUCCACCUCGGGCGAGUUGGGGAAUCUGACUGCAGUGAUGGCGAAGAAGACUUCUACUACACAGAGAUCAAGCUGAACACGGAUGUGGUGGCUGAAGGCCUGAACAGUGUGGCUCCGGUUUCGCCCUCACAGUCCCUGGCUUCACCCCCUGCGUUUCCCAUCCCAGACUCCAGCCGAACAGAAACUUCUUGUGCCAAAACAGACACUAAGCUGGCCACGCCGCUGAGCCGCUCCGCCCCCACCACCCUCUACCUUGUGCACACAGACCAUGCUUACCAGGCCACGCCCCCGGUUACUAUUCCAGGAUCUGCUAAGUUCACCCCCAAUGGCAGCAGUUUCAGCAUUUCCUGGCAGUCUCCUCCAGUCACGUUCACAGGCGUUCCGGUGUCUCCAACACAUCAUCAUGCAGCGGGCUCAGGAGAGCAGAGACAGCACACCCAUACGACCCUGUCCUCCCCACCCAGAGGGACAGUCACUCUAAGGAAGCCCAGAGGAGAAGGCAAAAAGUGCCGCAAGGUUUAUGGGAUGGAAAACAGAGACAUGUGGUGCACUGCCUGCCGUUGGAAGAAGGCCUGCCAGCGAUUCAUCGACUGAGCAUCCCUGCCUCACCUUCCUUCCAAAGGCCCAGGGAAGGCCCUUCCUGAAAUUCCAGGAAUGUAAUUUCUUGGUGGAAUUAAAGCAAAA